AAAUAGAGGAGAAAGACCUGGUGGGGAGAGAAAGACAGAGGGAGGGAUAGAGCGAGAGGAGAGAGAAACAUACUGCAAGCAAUUGAAGCUUAGCCAGUCUGCAGAAAGGAGAAGGUGUAUUGUAAGAGAGAAUAAAGGUACAUGUUCUGUUAGCAAUAGCUGGGUGAGAAAAAUAGAGCACAAAAUCGGAGUACAACAGAGAAGAGUAUAGCGACUCAAAAUGGAUAUACAGUCAGAGAGUAGCGAACUCUCGCCGUGCGACCCACAGCCUGCUGGAAAAAUCAGAAAGGCCUUCAAGCUGUUUGGGAAGCGCAAGCCAGGCAGCAUCUUCUCCAUGCGCGGCAAAGGCGAGGGCAACAACAAGUCACCUAUCGCCAGGAGCAAGACAGUGGAAGGAUUAACGGAGUCCGCAGCAGCAGAGCAGGAGCUGGAGAAGGAGACUGAGAAGGAGGAGGAACCAGAGGUGAGUCACAGAGAGGAGGAGGAAGCCCUGGAGGAGCCCCUGGGUGAUGCUGGAGAUCCCUCCAUCCCUUCUGCUGGCCGUCCCUCCAUCUCCUCUAUGACCUCUGCCAAAUCCCUCAGCUUCCUGAUGAAGUUGCGGCGCAGCCGUCGAGGAGGACCAGACCGGAGGUUCCGUACAGAGUCCCAGCCAAAGGUACGCAAGCGUCGGGGCCUGAAGGGUCUCUUCAACAGUAUGGCGUGGAACCAGCGAGAGAAGGAGGCCAGGGACGAGGCCGAGACCCCCCCGAGCCCCCUCCUCAUGUCGUCCCGUACAAACAGCGUGGAGAUCAUCAAGGAGGACAUGACUUUGACUCCCAGACCUGCGCCUCGCAGCCAGGAUGUCCCAGAGCCUGAGCCUGGACAAGAGUCCCCUGUUUCAUCGAAGAGCCCCACAGUGAAGGAGAGCUCAGCCUCAAGCCCAUCAGAGACGACGGCUCCCUCAGUGACUACAGACAGUGUCACUGAAUCUAAUGAGGAUGUACUGCCUCUGCCCACCACUGAACCACCACCCUUGGAUCCUGCUGUGGAUCGUCUGAGGUCGCUGCUUGCAGACAUCUCCUCUCUGAUAAGCUUUGACUCGUUGACAGGAUGUGGAGACAUUUCUGCUGAAGUGGAGGCGGAGUGGGGCAAAGCCUGCCCUACUGUCGGGACCGGACCUGGGACCAAGGGAGCUGUGGCGGGAGAGAAAUCCUCAUCAACUACUCUUUCAGCAAAACCUACCCCUAUUUCUAAACCUGCCCCUAUUUCUAAACCUACCCCUAUUUCCAAACCUACCGCUAUUACUAAAGCUACCCCUUCACCUACACCAACCCCUGUUCCUACUGCUACUACUAAAUCUAGUCCAACCCCUUCCUCUUCCCCCACCACUAAACCCACCCCCACCUUUACCCCUACAACCAAACCUACCCUUUCGCCUUCCCCAACCACUAAACCUACCCCCACCUUUACCCCUACAACCAAACCUACCCUUUCGCCUUCCCCAACCACUAAACCUACCCCCACCUUUACCCCUACAACCAAACCUACCCUUUCGCCUUCCCUCACCACUAAACCUACCUCCACCUUUACCCCUACAACUAAACCUGAACCUACCAGCUGGUCGAUCAAACCUGAACCUACCCCUAUUGCGACGACCAAAUUCUCAACUAUUCCCACAACUAUUACUAGCCCUACCACUAAAUCAAGCCCUACCCCUUUAACAAAACCCUACCCUCCACCAACAACAAAAUCCACCCCAAGCCCUGCCCCUGUAUCCAAACCUUACCCAGUAGUUACCCCACCUCCUGCCCCUGCAUCCAAACCUUCCCCAGUAGUUACCCCACCUCCUGCCCCUGCAUCCAAAUCUUCCCCAGUAGUUACCUCACCUCCUGCACCUGUAUCCAAACCUUCCCCAGUAGUUACCCCACCUCCUGCACCUGUAUCCAAACCUUCCCCAGUAGUUACCCCACCUCCUGCCCCUGUAUCCAAACCUUCCCCAGUAGUUACCCCAACUCCUGCACCUGCAUCCAAACCUUCCCCAGUUGUUACCCCACCUCCUGCCCCUGUAUCCAAACCUUCCCCAGUAGUUACCCUACCUCCCGCCCCUGUAUCCAAACCUUCCGCAGUUGUUAACCCACCUCCUGCCCCUGUAUCCAAACCUUCCCCAGUAGUUACCCCACCUCCUGCCCCUGUAUCCAAACCUUCCCCAGUAGUUAACCCACCUCCUGCCCCUGUAUCCAAACCUUCCCCAGUAGUUACCCCACCUCCUGCCCCUGUAUCCAAACCUUCCCCAGUAGUUAACCCACCUCCUGCCCCUGUAUCCAAACCUUCCCCAGUAGUUAGCCCACCUCCUGCCCCUGUAUCCAAACCUUCCACAUUAGUUACCCCACCUCCUGUCCCAGCCCCAGUGGCCAAACCAGCUUCUGUAACCAACCCUGCCACUCUUUCACCAGCCACUUUCACCUCUGCCCCACCCCCCAAAAUGUUCUCAGUCCCAUGUCUGGAUUCCACUACCGCACCUCCCUCCCUAACAUCCUUUUAUCCUACGGCUGUCCCGAGCUCAGCAUUUAAAAUGCCCUAUAUCCCGGUUCCAGUGCCAGCCUCAGUCACUAGCCCUGCUCCUGUCCAAACCCUGACUCCCAUUCUAGCUGACUCAAAGGCUCCCUCUGCCCCUACUCCAAAAUCAGGCCCUAUGUCUAAGGCUCCCCCUUUCCCUACCCCUGUCCCUACCCCAACUCCAGUCCCUAUGUCUAAGACUCCCCCGUUUCCUACCCCUGUCCCUACCCCAACUCCAGUCCCUAUGUCUAAGGCUCCCCCGUUUCCUACCCCUGUCCCUACCACAACUCCAGUCCCUAUGUCUAAGACUCCCCCGUUUCCUACCCCUGUCCCUACCCCAACUCCAGUCCCUAUGUCUAAGGCUCCCCCGUUUCCUACCCCUGUCCCUACCCCAACUCCAGUCCCUAUGUCUAAGGCUCCCCCGUUUCCUACCCCUGUCCCUACCCCAACUCCAGUCCCUAUGUCUAAGGCUCCCCCGUUUCCUACCCCUGUCCCUACCCCAACUCCAGUCCCUAUGUCUAAGACUCUCCCGUUUCCUACCUCUGUCCCUACCCCAACUGCAGUUCCUAUGUCUAAGACUCCCUCUACCCCUGCCUCAUUCCCUUCUAUGCCCUCUCCUGUUCUCUUCCUUGCCCCUAUGCAGUGUACGCCCCUUGCCUCUGGUCAGGUGAAGGGUGGUGAGCACAAUGCCUCUCUAGAUACAGGAGAGGACACGACGAGUCCAAACGGCUUGGAUGUGCGGGGUGCCUGGAACAAUUCACCCAAGAGAGAAAAGAAAGGCCAUGCUUCACAGACUGAGACACACAUGGUCCCCCAGGGGCCCCCCACAGAGAAGAAGACGCCCCCAGUGAAGGCAGCAGGGCUCAGUAAGAUCCCUGUCUGCGGUGGAGGCAGGGCAGGCAAGCUACCACUCCGUGAGUCCCAGUCCACUGACGACGAGGGGAGCUGGGACCCACCUACUCCAGGGCAGGAAGAGGAGGGUCCAUGCCCCAGCAUACGACACGGAGUCAGCAAAGACACAAUUAGUAACUCCUCUGCUGAAGCUGAAGUUGAGGCCAGUCAUGUAAAACAUAGCCCAGAGGAGAGUCGUCAGCUCCGCCAACCUACAGUCUACAGCAGUAUACCGCGUGACUCCAAGAUCCCUGUCAAGCUGGGAGUCCAGUCCAACACCCCUGUCCCCCAAGGAGCUAAGGAGCCCCCACGCUCCAAGAUACCUUUGUCCAAGGUUCCUGUCCGCAGGACCGGCAAUAAACCCACAGCCACCGCAGCUGCAAGCGCUCAAAAUAGAAAAUAAAGAUACGAGACUGCUUCAAACACAAACACCGUAAUGGCUGCUUUCAUCCAAAAUCACUCUUUUAAUAUGAUCACAUGGGCACCGUUUGCAUCCUUUUUUGUACUGUAUAUUUACAAGGACAGUCAAAUAUCUUCAUGAUUCUCUCAAAUGGCACUCUAUCCCACAUUGUUUUCGUCUCUCUGCUUUAGCACACCACCAUCAGCUCCAGAGCAACACUAACAUCGCGUCUGAGGCUCAAGCACAACAACACACAAGCACAACAACACAUCUCCCCUGGAAGGACUGUGACUCCCUUGUAUUGUGCCAACAUGACAGAUGCAUUCAACCAAGGUUCAGGUCUAAACCUGGAGUAGAAUGGUGAUUGAGGAGGACGGUCGUAACAAAGGGUGUUUUGGGAUGUAUUGUUAAAGGAUGCACGGUAUGGUAGCAUACCAAGGUCAGAAACAACAGCAUAUGGAAGAGAGUAUCUUUCUAAAGUGCUUUUUUCCUACAGACUAUCAGAGUGAAAAAAUCUACUUUUUCUACAAUACUUUUUAUCUUUUGUUACUCCCUCUUUUUUGUAGAACUGUCUAAAAACCCUGUCUUAUUUUCCUGCAAUUCCUUUUGAUAAGUGAUACUGUAGUCCUUUUUUUCCUUCAUCAUGCCAGAGAGGGUCCACACCUCUGAAGAAAUGCAACAACCCAAACCAACAUCCUAUAACAUCUCUGGAUGUAUGUAGCAGAAUUGCAUGCCAACAUGAGCCAGAGGACUCCUUUCCUCUACUUUCCUCCAUUUAUUUUUUGACACUGUGUGGAAUCAUACAGCGCCUGCCUGCCUGCUCAUAAGUAACACUGUCAAUCACACUGUGAACUUUGGGAAAGACUUGUGCUCUGGAUGGAGUUCAUUAUGGAUAGGAUGGCCCCUGUGGAAGGUUGGAACAGUGGGUAAGCCUGUAAAACAGACCCUGUCAAGUUUGAGUGGAUCCCGAGAGCAUCAGCCUCGGAGGGGUGCAUCCCUUUGCUAAGCCCACGUAUACAUAGUCAUGCUCAGAUGAGGACAAUAUCUGUGUGUAUACAUGACCUAUGCUGUUCUGUUUCUUAUUUAAUCAAUAAAAUAACGUGAGUACACUGUAUGUCACCUGAAAACAA